CCGGAGCAAAAAGAUGAUGCGGCAGAAUUAGCAGCGGCCAAAACUAGUGCUAAAACCGAGAUCGAUAAAUUAGUCUCCGGAGCCGGAGCAAAAAUCAUUGAUGAAACCACUACCUUGACUACUAAACCAUUAGUGGAAAAUCAUACGGCGGGAUUUGCCACCGGAGCUUUAAACCAUCUAAGAUCCUUUGUCAAAAAUCGGCAAAAAGAAAUUGAUGACUCCGGGAUUAUGACCGCGGAUGAUGUAACCAAAGUUAAAGCGGCUCUCGAAAAAUUAAAAAAAAGCACGGAUAAAGCGGUUAAAGAUAUCGUAGUUCCACGAGUUGAAGUAAUUCAUAAAUUGUUUGAAAAAGGAGAUGAUAAAUCCAAAGCCUUGGCAAAAUUAAUUCGCGACAAUUUUAUUAAAAAAUUGGAGACUGAUUAUCCCGCUACUGAUUAUGAAACUAACUUGACUAAAUUGGAAAGUAAAUUAGCCGAUUUAAAAAAGUAUGCGAAGGGUGGUGAAAAUGAAGCCAUUUAUAAUGGCUUAGGAACGGAUGAGAAAAAAACUUUCGAUGCUUUACUUAAAAGUGUAGAAGAUAAAGUGGAGGCUAUGAAAGCGGCCGAAAAAAAUGCCGAAAAAAAUAAUGGUAAUGAAAAAACUUCGGAGGGUGGUUGA